AUGUCCAAGCUUCGCUGCGCAUUCUCGGCGGAGGAGAUUGAGGAAAUCAAGGAGCUCAUCAUUGGGCUUCUUGAUGACUCUCUCGGGACGGACCAGCGCACCAUCAAGACGGCGUUCUGGGAGCGCGUGCGCUGCGUGCUCUCCGCGAACCCUCAGUCCCAGGGACUCGAGCACCUACAGGCAGUCGUCGACGCCGUGCUCGAGGAGCAGGAAGACCCGAUCCUCGGCGGUCCCAUCUUCGUGCUGCCGCCACUGCCUUCCGCUCCUCCCUCGACCGAUUCCGCCGCUCCCGCUGAUCCUCCGUCGUCGCCACGUCCGCCCAAGUCACGCUCUCCGUCGCCGCCGCCCAAGUCCGGCAAGGGCAAGGGCAAAGCGCCCCGCCGCAGCAACAAACGCGCGGCGUCGCCCAGCCCCGCGAGCACGCCGUCCAGCAAAAAGGCUCGCGCCGAGACCGACGACGAGGUCCAGCCCAUUGACAUCGACGAGAUUCUUCGCGUCAGCCCAGCUGCGCCCAAGCCGUUCGUGACGCCAUCGCUGCCGUGCUGGCCAACGCCCUUGACGAUCAAGAAGGACACGGACAACCGCCGCAAAUCGAAGCUCCGAGCGGGCAUCGCGCGCCUCCGCCUCACCAGUCUCUGCAUUGAGACUUGGGGCUACUUCGGCUUUUACCGGCUGCUCGAGGGCCACGACGACCGGUAUUGGUACGGCGGGCAAGGCGGCAAGGGCUCCGGCGAGAAGCGCACCGACAACGGCGUGUGCGCCGAAGACCUGGCCUCGCUCUACCGCACGGACUCGGAGCGCUUCGAGUUCGUCAUCGACAACGCUCUCAACCCGGCGCUGAUCGACGACUAUGGCUAUCACAGCCUACGCCACCUGCUCGAGUCCACGCGCGCUCUCGACCCGAAUGCCCCAGCCGAGCACCGUCUCUCCCUCGACGCGCUCGCACGCAUCCGCAUGGACAUCAAGAGCGACGCGCCGAGAAACGCCGACUGGGUGGGAGAUGAGGACGUCGGCCCAUGGCACGUGCUGAUCGACAGCAAGAUUGCCCAAGAAACCGAGGCCAUCCUGGCCCCAGCGAUCAAGGACGGCUCUUACCAGCCCACGUCGAUCACGACGUUCUCGCCCUCCGACAUCAAGACCGACGACUUCUCCGAUUUCGAGGACGAUGAAGGCAAGCCGACCGCGCUCGCCCCUGCUGCUGACGACGAGUAA